GCUACGCAACUGAAACCCCUCAGCAUUCACCAAGCCAAAGCUCAAUAGCCCUCUCUUUCUUCCGGACGGGAAAGAACCCAGAAAAAAAAGAAGAAGAAACCCAGUGCUCAAACAUCAAUUCCAGGCCACUGAUCUAUGCAAAUCUGGGGAGACAAACAAAGUUAAUCUGAGAAUUCCGGUCAAUUACCGCUGCAAUCUGUCUACAUGGCCUCCCAAGAAACCGUUCUCCCAUCACCUCUCGACAAACCCCUCCACCAGCUCACAGAAGAAGAUAUAUCCCAGCUAACUCGCGAAGACUGUCGACGCUAUCUCAAAUCCAAAGGAAUGCGACGUCCUUCCUGGAACAAAUCGCAGGCGAUCCAACAGGUCAUCUCUCUCAAGACACUUCUCGAAGCCACACACGAUUCCGAUGCUUCCGCCGCUCGGAAGAAGCUCCACAUUCCUCGCCUCGAUACUUCCUACAUUGCCCCAAAACCAGCAAGUGGGAAUAGUCCGUCAAGUCCUUCAUCGGCCGAAGAAACUGUACUUUACCAGGCUAAGGAUUCAGAAAAAUCCGAUCAUCUCCCCGACGAUGUAUUGGCCUGCCAUGUUGCUGCCUCUGAUACUAAUGACUCAAUCCCUCCCAGGUUGUUUGUAGCACCAAUUCUACAAUUUUUCACUAUUUUGGUUUGCUUUUGUACCUACUCUGAGAUCAUACAUUCUAAUUUCAUAUGGUUGACGGGUGAACAUGCCUUUGCACUGUCUUAUCCAAUGUCAACUGAAAGCUAUAUGGGUGUAACGCAGCAGAAUGAUGUCAAUGCACAUUCAGCAUCUACAUUCGGGUAUCAUGAAACUGAUAUCAUCCAUUUGGUGGACAAUUAUUUUUUGUUGACAGUUUUACUGUCUGAACGAUUGUCAUUUUCUUGCACCAAUUGGUAUUUGAAAACUGAAGCUCUACAAAAUGGUUAUAGAAUAUCUGAAGCAGCAAAUGUUCCCGCUGGACAAUUGACAAUUUUCUAUUGUGGGAAGGUUAAUGUAUAUGAUGAUGUGCCUGCUGAUAAGGCUCGUUUUCUUAAGCAGCUUGUUGCAAGUCCUCUGCAUUUGCCUCUAGAAGGCCCUUUUGAUGGUGCAGCCGCAAGGCAAACUUUGCCAGGCAUUUUUCAUCUAUCCAGUGUCAAGUCUGGUGUGGAUCCUCCUGUUCCAACCUUGAUAUCAAUGAACCUCACUGAUAACUCUCGGUUACACAGAGAGGAAAUUGACACAAAUCUGGAGGACAACUUUGCAACUGAAGGUCCUGCAAAUAUAAAAUUAUCAGUGCAAAGAUAUCUUGAAAAACGCAAGGACAGGUUCAAGAGAAAGAUAGCUCCCUCUUCAUCUGCUAGUAUGGAUGUAUACUUAAACCACCAAACGGGAUACCAGACCUCCAGUUAUCAUGCAAUCAGGAGCAACACAUGCUCCCCGACACAAAUCAGAUCACAUGAAAUGUCUGAUUUCUGUGAGAUCAAUGCAAUAAAUGAUCCCAAGCUUUCACCUGCUUUGAGUGAUAAAGGUAAACAAAUAUCUAGAUCUUGUUUGAUGUAGGGUUAUUUGGAUCAUUUGAAAAGAAAAAAGAAAGAAAAUAGUAA